AGCCUGACGGUGUCGCGAUAAGCGAUAAGAUGGAAACGUCACCGAUGGAGCGACUGGCGGUACUUGGUCGACCGCACACACUGUGCGGCAUAGCAGGUACCCCUCGUCCGUUACCUGCACUGCCAACAUCGGAUUCCUGGACUCCUCACCUUGUCCAUAUCCACAGGCUGUCGACUGCCAGCCACACCGUCCUUUGCUCAGGCUAGGACGACUGGGGCUCAUCCUCAACACCUCAGAUGCAAACCUUAUAGGAAAGACGACGCAAUGUCCGGUCGCACGCUCGGCGGUGGGCGCAUCCUGGGCAGCGGCAAGGGCCUCGCACCGCCCACCCCUCCCGCCAGCAAUGGGAUAUCUCAUCCUCAGCGCUCCGUCAGUCCCUUUGCUCCGAGGUCCGAAAGCACUGUCUCGAUCGGUUCGGUGUCCAUGUCCCCGCCUGCGACGGGGAGCUCGCCCGAUGCUUUCUUUGCACAGCAGGACCUCGGAUCCAGCAUCAGCGUCGGGGCUACAUCCAAGGGAGCAGCACCCGACAGCUCGGCGCUGGUGUGCCCGAUAUGCAACGAAGAGAUGAUGACACUGCUACAAUUAAACCGACAUAUCGACGACAACCAUCAGGAGCUACCAGAGGAGGAACAAGACGAAGUAAAGACUUGGUUCGACAAACAGGUCUCGAAAGCGAAGCGAUUCCAGCCUCUGUCCUUGAUCAACCAGAAACUGCGCGGCCUCGAGGUCUUUGAAUCGAACGAGAUCAUACCAGUACCUGUACCACAUCAUGGGCCGGUUGCGGCUGGGAAGCUACCUCUCGAUGGAGCGAUUGACCCAGACGAACUUAUAACGCGGAAGCAUUGGCAACGCACAACGAUGGACGAUCACUGUACAGACCCGGCAUGCGGACGAAACCUUGGUCCCAUCACCGGCAGUAUCAACUGUCGGCACUGUGGACUGCUCUUCUGCGAAGAACACACCAUGUAUCAGAUGAAGCUCAGUCGGAGCGCGAAGCAUGAGCCUGUCCGAGGGUACUGGGCGCGGGUUUGCGAGACCUGUUACAAAUCAAGAGAAGGAUAUAAUGACCACAAUGGCCUGGUGGUGGAUCACACAAGCACUUUCGCCGCCAUUCGAAGGAAACGGGUGGAGCGGCACACACUGGAGGUUUCCAGGCUGGAAAAGAGACUGACGAAGUUGACGCAAAUACUGGCCAACCCACCAGAACGCCUGGCACCCAACGGAUCAAUACUCUCGCCCGUCACUAAUCUAGCCGGCCAGAAGAACACACGGAAACUACUCGAGCAGUCGGUUGUCACCUGGGAAGACGACAGCACGGUCCCGAAAUGCCCGUGGUGUCAGCAGGAAUUCGGCUCGUGGACUUUUAGAAGGCAUCAUUGCCGGAUUUGCGGCCGCGUAGUAUGCGCGGAUCCGCAGACGGCAUGCUCCUCGGAGGUUGGGCUCAGCGUGGCAGCUGGUGGGAAAAACGGCUCGACGGAGAAGUCAGAAACGACGGUCGGUAUAGACGUGAGAAUGUGUCGCGACUGCAAGCACACGAUCUUUUCGUCGCGCGAGUUUGCGGAGUCGCUGGCGCAUAAACCUCCUGACCAGCGAGCGUACGAGACACUUCGCCAGUUCGAACGCGGCAUCCGAUCAUUACUGCCCACAUUUCACCGCACCCUGCUGGCAUUACAGCCUCAGACCACAAGUUCGGGUGAAGUCGAUCUUUCGAAGCCGCCGCCAACUCAUGCCCAGAUCCAAGAAGCUGCCAAAAUACGGAAACGCUUGGUCGAUAGCUUCAGUAAAUACGGCUUGGCGGCGAAACGGAUGCGCGAUCUCGAGGGCGGACCGCAGCAGAAGAAGCUGCAGAUGGGCGUGUAUACGUAUGCAAGCUCCUUUCUGCACGUCAACAUGUUACCUCUAAAGUCGCUGCCUUCACUCCUCCGCUCGUCGUCCAGGACAUCGCAGCCCGCGAGGCUCAUGUCCCCGAGCGGCAAUGGCCCAUCCGGCCUGCGGCAUUCACAGGUCGCCACACCGUCCGACAUUCGGUCCGACGUCUCGGAAGACCAAGCCAGCACCGUCGUGUCCACCCUGGAGUCGGAGGAGAAGACACUGAGGGAGCGACUCGUCGUGCUGGAGGAGCAGAAAUUCAUGGUCGAGGAGAUGCUGCGCGAUGCAACGAAGGGCAGGCGGUUCGAGGAGAUUAGCGCAUUGACGCGGAACCAAGAGGAGUUGGACGCUGAGAUUCGUGACGUCCGAGGCAAAGUGAGCGAAUUGGAAGACCGCUUUGCAGGCGUCUACAGAGAUGGCGGCUGAAUUUCGAGUGACGAGGGGAGUUCCCAUGCAUUGGCCCGGCGUUUCUGGUGGGUUUAUCUAGCGGGCAUACAGGCACUUCAUUACGUUAGCAAUGAGAAUUUGAAACCGGUCAAUAUAUCUGAUUAUUCCAGUGUGACCUAUCCAUUCCGUGCAAAAAGAGAUGCCUAUGAAACAGAAUCCCUAUCCAUACCAGGGCCGUGAUAACGCCGUGUGCCAUCGUAAGCAACUCAAAAGGUAUAUAUCCCACGAAACCAUGAAAAAAAAAAAAAAAAAAAA